CGGAAGUGAUGCUGAAACAGGAGGCGAUGGAGCAAGAAGUAAAAUUACUUGAGAAUCUCAAUCAGGAUUCUGAGUUCAAUGGAACCUGUUUAUCAUCAUUGACGCUGCUGACGUUAGAUGUCGUUCAGGAAUGCAAACUAAAACCCAACCGUCAAACAACUCCAUAGAGGAUAUGAGAAUUCAUGUUGCGAAUGAAGGAAAGGGAGAAGAAGCUCCUCUCUUUCUUUCUCCGAGUUUGUUUCGCUUAGAACUCCCCUUUUUCUGUCUAUGUUCUGCACCCGGUAGAGAUGGAGUCACUAAUGUAGUUAAAGGGAUGGAGAGAAACAAAAAAGGUGUUGAUGAAAUGGAACUUGAUCUCAAAGAUCUCUAGGAACAAGCUCCUCUUGGUUGGUGGUGUUAAAAGCUUUAUAUAAUGAGAGGAUAAAAGUGCUGGAGCAGUUUUCUCAUCUACAGGCUGAAGGUAAAGAAAUUGAACCAGGGAGAUGG